CGUUACACGACGGGUUUCUGCAUGGGGAUCAUUUCAACACGGCACAUAGCGUGAGCCACAUGUAACGGUAGUCUCGUUGUGGGUCAUUAGCACGCAGCGUUAGCUAACGCUAGCUGACAUGUUUUUGCGUUGAGUCGUUGGAAGUUGGCGUUGCGACCCUCGUGAACACAAGACGGCCCCGCACGGCGAGACAUUGUCCCCGUCAUGGGAGGGUGAGAUGCGGCUACACUGGGGGAUUAGCCUUUCGUUGUGGCUAACGUCCACGCUAGGUGGGUCAAAGUUGACUGGCAGUGGAGCCCCUGCACGUUCCCAGGCUGCAGGCAGAAUUAGUCCGCGUCGGCUCUCGGCUCCCGAAGGGGUCCUGAAAGGGGACGAGAACCGGGGCCACUGUGCAAUGUCUGCGUUAAUGGGUACGAAGUGUCACCCUUUUGGAGUGUGUUUCCGGGUAACCCCGCAGGUCUGCCAGCAGUGCGAAUGGAUGCUAAAGGUCAAGUGGUGCAGGUGUACACUGUCUGCUGGACUGCUCAGACUGCAGACUGGACUACUACAUGGAAGGUACACCGAGGCGACUCCGUGUUGGUUGCCUUUGUCAGCACGUAGUAGGGUGUGUGACAUAUAAAUACAGCCCACCACUCCCCUUGGUGAAGCCAAGGUCAGCUGAAUCCUGGAGGAAAGCACCAAUGAGCACUGGUCUGCCCCUUGAAGGGAGCUCGAGAUUAGUUGGACCGCUGGACUGCUCUAGUAACCUUGUCCAAGGUGAACGAGUGUGGGCCACCAUUUCAUAGGCACAUGUAGGCAUACAGUACCUUUCUGUUGUGCUUUAGGCUUCAACAUGCAACACGGUUUCGGUUGCUGAUUUAAUUUAGCAUUAAAUUGUGUUUGUACAUUUAACUUCGCAGAUAUUGGUCAUUGCAAAACUGAAGUGCUGACUCGUCGGUGUGGCAUUACAGUGCACAUACGACUCACUAUGAUCACAUUAUAUUCUUGGGGCUCAGGGACGGUACAUUUAAUUUUUCUGCUUGAUAAAGAUAUUUGCAGGCUACAGUGCAAUUCAUUGUUCACUUGGAGCCCUGAAAGUCUCACCUGAGUUCAAAUUGCUGGACAUUUGAUGAGAAGCCAGAGCAGCAAUUUUGAGUGAAGACGUAGCUGUUAGUGUCCUGAGGAAAUGCCGCUGAGGCUUCGUUCUGUGGUGCCCUACACACUGCCCGGAGUCCUUGCACUGAUCGGCUGGUGGUGGUACAUCUCGCGGAAGAAAGAGCGGCUCAUCAGCCAUGACAGCCAAGAUGGGGCUCCAACAGCUCCGGGUCUUAGAGCACCUCCGGCAGAGGGUAGCAAUGGUUUGGUUGAGAAAGGCACUAUAUCCUCAACAAAUGACACAGAAAGCCCCACCCACAGACCUCCAAAGGUCAGUAACCCGAGAACAGAACAUGAGAAUAUUUCCCAAAUCCAUGGCACUGAAGCAGCGCCUUUGAUGAAACAAAAUUCUGAAGAAGCUGCCCCUCACCUUGGUAGAAUAAAACGACAAGAAGAAGUCCAUAACCCCUCGGUCUCGACUCUGCCAUCACCUGGCAAAGAAGACCGUCUGCAGGUGUCACUGAAGGACCACAAAGACCCAGAGAAAAGCUCAACAAUUGCCUUGGUAAAAGAGCUGGAGGAACACCUAGUCAAAGAUCCAGCCUCCGCUCCAGAAGCCACCGUAGAAGAGGUCAUCUUGCCCUGCCAGUCUACCAAUGUAACCAGCUCCUGCCCCACAACAAUACACCUUUCUGACGCAGAGAGGCCGGAGCCAGAAGGGGAAGUUGCAAAGCACUACAGCACUGUUAAUACGCAAGAUGAGAUGGUUAUUUGUGCAGCCAAAGUGCAGAGAGUGAUCCCAUCAGAGACAGACUCUCUAGAGACACCCCCUUCAGCACGGGAUUUCCACCAACACAUUCUAACCAGCACACCUACCCCCCUGACCCCGACCUCCACAGUCCUGACGCCGGUUAUAAACUCCACCCCCCUUUCCGAAACCCAAGAGGGCAUUCAUGGAGAGGAACAGGAUCUGGAACUAUUAGCAGCUGGACUCAUAACUGAGGUCAUCUCGGCAGCUACCCAGGAGAUCCUUGGUGUCACCAGCUGCCAUGUGACACAGCCAACCUGCAGUAGCAACACACCACUGGUUAGCGGCAGACUGUGCUCCCAACAGGAGCCAAUCGCAGCAGCGCAGCAGCACCACCAUCUACAGAGUGGACCCUCUCAGAUAGGCAAUGAGGCUAGAGAGAAGGGUGAGCAAGGGAUGCCUAACGGAUGCUCCUCGGUUCCAGUGUGGGAGCCGGUUGAGGUCAGUCACAGGGUUCAUCAGACAAACCAUGCACAGAGAGGCCAUUGGCUGACACCCUCGAAUCAGGCAGCACAAAGUACCCUUUUGCUAAACAUGAAACUGAAAGGGGAUGAAGCAGCAGCGCUGGCGGACGACUCGGCCUGCAGCACAUGCCACUCUGAGGACGGCAUCAGCAACGAGGACCUCCAGAACAGCGUGUUUGAAAACCAAAUUGAUGUGAUGCAGGUUACAGACUUGUCAGCAAAAGAAGCCACGCGGCCUCAAUCACUGGAGACUGCCACGGAGGCAACUGAAGAAAACUCACUGGCGGCUGUGUGCGAGAUCAAGAGGCUUAAUGGGAUGGGCCUCAGGAAUGGAGCCCACGGGACAUGUGAGCUGGAGACGGACCAGUCUGGAGGAUCUGAUGUGAACAGUAUGGACUCUGUGGACAGCGGCUGCACUAUGGGUGCUGGUGAAAGCCAGAGCAACCACGCCGACUCCUCGAGCUCCGAGCUCAUCAUCUGGGAGAUCGAGGUGCCGAAGCAUCUUGUCGGACGGUUAAUAGGGAAGCAGGGACGAUAUGUGAGUUUCCUGAAGCAGAACUCUGGCGCAAAGAUCUACAUCUCCACCCUGCCUUAUACACAGGAGUUCCAGAUCUGCCACAUAGAGGGUACGCAGCAGCAGGUUGACAAAGCCCUGUCCUUGAUUGGGAAGAAGUUUAAAGACCUGGACAUGACCAACCUCUAUGCACCGCCGCCGCCCCCACUGACAUUACCAUCACUUCCCAUGACCUCUUGGCUGCUGCUCCCCAGUGGAGUGACCGUCGAAGUGAUCGUGGUGAACAUCGUGUCAGCCGGUCACGUCUUUGUCCAGCAGCACACCCAUCCCACCUACCACGCUCUGCGGAGCCUCGACCAGCAGAUGUUCCUCUGCUACUCGCAGCCGGGCACCCCCGCCCUGCCCUCGCCCGCCGAAGUUGGUGUGAUCUGUGCAGCUCCUGCGGUGGAGGACGCCUGGUGGAGAGCUCAGGUCAUCACCUUCUAUAAAGAAACUGAUGAGGUGGAGAUCAGAUACGUUGACUACGGAGGUUACGACCGAGUUAAGAUCGACUCACUACGACAAAUACGGUCUGAUUUUGUAACACUACCAUUUCAAGGGGCUGAAGUAUUGCUGGACAACAUCGCCCCACUUCCAGGAGAAGAUCGCUUUUCACCAGAGGCCACAUCCGCGUUGGAGGAGAUGACCAGAGGAGUGGCAUUGCUUGCACAGGUCUCAAACUACGACAACAACACAGGCCUCCCUCUGGUCCACCUGUGGAACAUGGUCGGAGAAGAGGUGAUUUCAGUGAACCGUACGCUAGCGGAGAGGGGCCUGGGUGUUUGGGUGGAGGGAUUUUGAACUCCUACACGCCCUGAGCUCCACCCCCUUAUCCUCUUGGACCCGGGUCAGCAUGAGGUCCCAGCCCCAUCAGACACACCGGUGGAUCUAAGAAGAUUGCUUUUUUUUCUUUCAUUGCUCUUUUUUCUUCUUUUUUCAUCCACCCCCCCACCACCCCAUUCCUUUGAAAAUACAUUAAAAAUUAUUUGCAGGCAUAAUCUACAAGAAAAGCACUGCUUAAAAAAAACGACCUCCCCUCUUGUUCUUGUACACAAAAAGAACUUAAGGAACUUGUAAAAAAACAACAAAAAAAACAUUUUAAAAUCUAUAUUGUAACUAAAUAAAGGUUCAACCAAUAUUUUUUCCCCUCCCACAUCCCAACUUGAUUUUUGCUCUGGGCCUUCGCUCUCUGACUGGGUCGUCGUGCUGUGGAAGGACAAACGUUUGAACAAUUUUGAGUUUCAUUGACACUCGUCCGUAGGUUACUACAUUUCAAAGAAGAUUUGUCUGAUGUUUUGGGGUUCUUGUCUGGAUAGAAUGUGAGGGGGGGGGGGGUUCUGGCUGUAGAGGGGCAGCGUGGACAAGAGGAGCACCCAGCAGAGUGGCAUCAAGAGACGGAGCCUUCUCUGGGGGGUCCAUCCAGAGCUGCUGCUCCACUUGAACCAGGACAGCUGCGUCCUGUUGCUCCACCAACUCGCACUGCGUUUUACAGCCGGCAGUUUGAACCUACCAGACGAACAGCAGUUGGACCCGUUUUUCAUAUUGGAGCGCGUUGGUUCAUUUCAGUCAAUAUUUCCAAGGUGCAUUUCUUCAGACCGCUAGGCAACAUGCUGCUGAUGAUGAUGCGGUUUGACUCCAUUUUGUGACCGCACCUCCAAAUCCCUAAACUAACGGUGGCCACAUAGAAAUAAUAAUCACAAGACAAUUGUACUGUGAUAUGGAAAAUUGUGCUCAUUAACGGCACUCUUUUUUUUUUUUUUUUAACCUAUCAAAACUCUCGGUAACAAAUGCUCCAACAUUUCAAUCUGAAGGCAAGCGGUGGUCUGUUGUCACAUGGUGGUCACUGAACGGCUCAUGGGGGUCCACUGGUUUAACAAUUCCAAAGAAAUGGGUUCUGUGAGCUGCGAUGAAGCGUUCACACUGUUGAGUUGCAGUGUGCUGCACUUUUAAAGACUUGAGGGAACCACCAUGACAUGGAGAACCACUCCACCAGGGCUGAUCUGGAUCCUGUUGGGGUCCUUAGUGCGCAUGGGAAACAGCCUGGGAGCACCUGGGUGCUCUGUCCCCACAGACGGCAGGGCCUUGUUCAAUUAAACAUAAGGAUAUAAAUAAGAGUGGAAAUUAUUACUUUUUAAAAUGUUGCUUUUAACAUGUACUUCCAAGUUUAACAAAAUGAUAUGUGAUACACAUGAACAGUAGAAAGUACUAACGGCAGGUCUCUGACCAGAAUGCUGCAUUGAUAGUGGAGUGGGAGCCAGUUGACUGUAGUUAUAUUUUUCUAAUACAUAUACUCAUGUUAAUGUGAGCUACAGUGAUGACUAAGGAGUGUAACUGCAUCACCGGCUCUUUAGUGUGAUCACUACUUGAGCUUCUAAUGACCUCUAGAAACACGUGUUGCUUUACUGGGGUCCUGAAGGAGGCACAAGACCUUUCCCAGUGAUCCCAUUGGUCAGGAGGGCAGUUGACAGGUUUCCUGAAGUAGCAGUGCAGCAUAAGUUACCGUAGUAAUCUCCCUGUGGUGAUACUUUUUACUUUAUGAAACUAAGUGAGCUUGACAGCAUCCAGCAGUCCUUGUGCUGCUUCAUGAAACGGCCCUCUGGAGGAACAAGGUCCUGCUGAGCCGGGAGAACCCCGGUGCUCCCUCGUGUUGCUCUGCAGUGGAAUGUGUCUCUUGCUACUGUAGUGUGUGUGUAUAUAUAGAUCUUCAUUUUGUUUUCAGGCAUUGAAAUGAAUGUUCACCCAGUGUCACGGCGUCAGGCCGUCCCUGUGUGCACGUCACUGGUCCACUCACACGAACCCUGUGAGGGAUUCAUUUCCAAGAUGACUAAUUCUAAAUAACAUGAACUCCCCUCUAGUUCUUUUUUUAUUGAGUCUUUUUUCAAUGACAAAUGAAAUCACUGUUACCCGAGCAAUAAGGCAGCUUUAUUUUGAAAUUGAAGGACAGGACAUGGGAAACGGGGUGGGCUUUAAAAAGUGCUCCAUAUAACACUACAAACAGAAAGUGGUCUGCAUAACAUAACUUUAGAAGCUCAAUAAUGCAUCAUGUCGAUAAUGUAUCUCAGGAAUGGUCGACUAGCUGGUUGCUCAACAAGCUGAGGGCAUGCUUAUGCUGGAACAGAGAGAAGUACGAUGUAUCGGAUAUUAGGCAUUUUGACGAAUAACAUGAUAACAUUUCUGAGUUCUUGAAGGUGUCCUUAAGUUGGUGCUGGAAUCGGAGGAGUAGCCAUAUUGUCUGUUGUUGGCUCGUGUGCAUACUUCCUGUUUCACAUGAACCGUCUGAUCCCGCCUGUCCCCCUUUUUAAAAUCCAGAUCAAUAACCCUCACCACACCUUAAAACAUAAUUUUAACCGAACUAGAGUUUUGUUAAUUUCUCUGUAAAUAAGAUAUUUGACUGUACUUUUCUAUAACACUGGAGAUAAAGAGGUAUAAAGGGAACAUUAUUGAUAUUUUCUUUUUGUUUGGUUUGUUCUGGUUCAUCCUGCCUCCCCUUUUUCAAUCAAUGUUCUCAAGCUGUGAGAUAAGUGUUUGCAUAGCUAGACAGGUCAUCAUUUGAUUAUUUAAAUGGGUGUUAAGGUUGUGUGCCCAAAAAGCAUUUAACAUGUACAGACCAGUUUUGCUAGGCUCAUCUUAAGUUUGAUUUGUUGAUUGUACAGAUCUAUUAAGGGAAAAAAUAAAGUUAUUGAACGUG